AUGCCAAGUUAUCGUUUUGAAGCCGCCCGAGGUCCGGUGAUCUUGGCAAGUUUACCAUUGAAAAAUGUGUUUCAAGCAGCAAUGAGUAUGCCAGCGAUAGGAGUUUUGAUGGCUUUUAUAAUAGGAUAUUCUGUAGACACUGGGUUAUUAUACAAUUACUAUUGGGGGUGUAGGACUGUCUACCUCCCUUCUGUAUCACGUCUUCUAAACCUGCCACUUGAAAGGAUUCUAUGGAAUUUGCUUUCAUUAUCAAGUGUACCUCUUCAGCUUAUGGUAGUUCUUCGUCAAUAUAUUCUAACAUUUUCGACAUCGAAUAAACUUCAAUUUCUGCGAGUCGUUAUGGUGAUCAGUUCGGUUUUCCAGUCACUGUUCCUAACAUUAUUGGCAACAGUUGGAGAGCGAGAAAGUGGAGAAUUCCACGUGGCAUUCUUCUCUGGCUUCGCAGUCUCCACCAUCAUCAACUAUGCAGUUUUCACGAUUCUGAUGAGGUUCACAGCGAAAGACGAGAAUCCAAAACACGGUCGACGACGGGUCACCGUCCUACUAGGUCUUGUUAUUACACUACCCACCAUUUUUAUUGCUUUCAUUCUUCACAAUGUGUUUUGUGUUAAAGCAGCUUAUGAAGCAUUUGCCAUCUUCGAGUAUUUGACCAUUAUACUGAUCUAUGCAUUCCAUGUGUCAAACUUCUAUCUCUACUCUGAUCCUUCACUGAAAAUCCUCGUUUGCCUGAAGAAUGGAAAAACGGCGGCUGUUAGGAUAUGA